UCGUAGGUCUAGACCAGAUCAUACACAAGGGAUUCAGAACUGCUCCAGCAAUCACUUCCUACAUCUUCCUGAGUAUAAUGGUGGUGAAGAUGCACAAACAGGAGACUAGUAACAAGAAAUGUUGCCUGCCAAGGAAGGAGCCAAUAUAACAAACAACUAUAGCAAGAAGAAAAAGGUUGUGGUGGUGGUAGGGAAUUCAUUGCUCAAGAGAUGGGGAUUCAUUGGCCAGCCUGACAAGACGAUUUGAGAAAUGUGCUGUCUCCCUAGUGCAUGUAUCCAGGAAGCUGCUGACAAUUUGCAGAAGCUCAUCAAAAACACAUAUCAGUACUCUCUUCAUGUGAACACCAAUGACACUUCAAAGAACAGAGAAAUAAAUAAAACCAUUGAGAAAGAAAGAAAGAAAGAAAGAAAGAAAGAAAAGCAACCACCAUACAACUGCAUCUUCUUAUGUGGUAUGAAUGAGAACGCUUCUGUAUUUGAUGCCUAAGUAUUGGAGAAAAAAUAUAGAUCAGCUUUGUCUGCUUUCCCCCUUUUCCUUCUUCUCUUCCUCAGCUGAACUUCGGCAAGCCAGUAUGGCCAUGAUGAACAGAAAACACGAACUGGAAGAGCAGAAUAGUUCCUUGAGGAAUCUGCUUGAUGGUGAGAUGGAGCAUUCUGCAGUACUACGUCAAGAAAUUGACAACUUGAAGAAGAAAGUUUUAGAGCAAGAGGAGCUCUACACAGUGAAGAUCCAGGCCUUGGCAAGAGAAAAUGAAGUGCUCAAGGUACAGCUAAAGAAAUACGUUGGAGCAGUCCAGAUGCUGAAACGAGAAGGUCAGACUGUGGAAGUCUUGGCAAGUCUUUGGAACACAGAGAACGAAUUUACCAUCCCAGAGCAAAAACAAGUAGAAAAUAAUGAAGAGCUAUCAAAUUCAUAUGAAAGAAAGCUGAUUGAGGUGGCAGAAAUGCAUGGUGAGCUGAUUGAAUUCAAUGAAAGGCUGCACCGUGCCUUGAUGGCCAAAGAAGCUCUCGUGACACAGAUGAGGCAAGAGCUCAUUGAUCUGAGAGGACCAGUUCCUGGAGAUCUGAGUCAAACAUCUGAAGACCAGAGUUUGUCAGAUUUUGAAAUAUCAAAUCGAGCUCUUAUAAAUGUAUGGAUUCCCUCAGUCUUUCUCCAUGGAAAAACAGCAAAUGCAUUUCAUGUUUACCAGGUAUAUAUCAGGAUAAAAGAUGAUGAAUGGAAUGUUUAUCGAAGAUAUACUGAAUUUAGGAGCCUACAUUACAAAUUACAGACAAAAUAUCAUCAAGUGAGAAGUUUUAACUUUCCACCAAAAAAGGCCAUUGGAAACAAGGAUGCAAAAUUUGUAGAGGAACGACGGAAACAGUUACAGAAUUACUUAAGAAAUGUUAUGAACAAAUUGAUCCAGACGCUGCCAGAAUUUGCUGCCAACCCUAAAAAAGAGACUCUUAUCCAACUGAUACCCUUUUUUAUUGACUUCCAGCCCAUGGGAGAAUCUACAAGGGACAGUAGCAGUCGCCCACGAGGGACAACCCGAUUUCCAAGGCUGUCUCAGAACCAUCAGAGAGAGCCGCGGAACCUGGAACCUCAGAGUGCAGAAUCCUUGUUCAGCAAAGUUGAAAACGGCAGUGAUUGCAAACAGCUCAGAUCUUGAGAGGAACAUUGUGAGGUGUGAAGAAAGCACAAAAUGACCUGGAGCUGAAAUGGGGAGGAUGAGGUCUCAAAAUGGGCAACAGCUGAGCUGUAAUGAGAAGUUACUUAUCAAAUAGACUAGAAAGCUGGGCCAAAGCUAACAAAAUGAAAUUCAACACAGAGAAAUGCAAGAAACAACCAAAGCCAGGUCUGCCUGGGCGAAAGACCCCGUUCCCACCUUGAUGCCGGUGCUGCCUGUCACAUGAUGCAUGGCAACGUCUGGUGAAAAGCUGCAGCUAUUUCUCAUUAACCUGACUUUGCCCCCAGAGUUGGCAAAGCUGCAAGAAGCCCCAGUGUUUCCCCAACUAAUGGCAUGUGGUUUUGUAGCAUACAAACAGCUGAAUUGGGUUGGCCCACUUUUCACACGCCAGGCACUGUGCCAUCUCCCUUCCAUGUGUCUCCAGAGCUGCCACUGCUCUGGAGUGUUCCUGCCUGGUGUGCCAUCACUUCUGGCUCACCCAUGUGAUCAACAAGGGUAGAAGGACCCUCAAAUGGCUGGAGCCUCCAGAGACCUUAGAUAUGUGAUCGGAGGCUCUCUCUACCCUUUCUUCCCAUUGGUCACACAGUCAAGCCCACUUUCAGGAGAAGUGAUGGUGCAACAGAUGACCUUCUCACAGAACUCCUGCACAGGGGAAUGGCCAACUCUGUCGAUGCCUGACUGGUUCAUGUGAACAACACUGCGCUGCCACACCAGGUUUGGUGAAAUACAAGCAACAACUAUUGUGGUGGAUCUGGGGAUAGUACCAAAUCACAAUGUUCUAGGACAGACCCUGGGCCUGUGGCCUGAGCAGAUAGGGCCCAAGAGUCUUAUAGACUGUUAAAGGUAUAUCAGUCUACUCUGCCGUAAGCUUUAAUGGAUUAGAGUACACUUCAUUGGAUGCAUAAAGUAUAAUUCUCUGUUGGUGAGAGAGAUAUACCCAUCUAUCACAUCUUCAUCCAUGGGUUUCCUCCACUUCCCAAUCCAGAUAUGGCCCAUGCCCUGUUUCUUUGUUUUUGUUGUUUUACAGGAUGAGAUAUGUUCCUUUUUCAUGCCUUUGUUUCAAAAUGUAUGUACCUAUAUUUAUAUAUAUAUAUAUAUAUAUAUAUGUAUUUGUACCUUAUCUUUCUCUAUAUAUAUGGAUGUAUAUAUGCACCAGUUCUGUGGAUUGUUAAGACCAUGAUGAGACUGAUAAAUUUAGGAAUUGCAGCCUCCAAUCCAGGCAAGAGUUGCAAGCUCUGGGAGGGCGGCAUCUGACAUUUUGGAUUUUGGUGUUUCUCUUCCAACAGUGGUGUUCAAGCUCAGUGUUUUCUCCAUUGACACCAUGGGCCUGUUAGAGUCUGUGCCGAUUCCAGGAUGAAGAAGGUUGUCUUGGGUUGCCAGAUUAGAUACAGGAUUGAGCUCUUGUCACUUUCAUCUCAAAUAGAUUAAGAAGCAGGACGAUGUACCAUAAUAUGCCAUCAAGAUAUACAAAGGUACCUGUCGUCCCUUAAUCUUUUGAACUCAAAUCUUUAGCUGCAGCCAUUCUCUUUUGCAUCCCUGGUGGAGAGGAGAAGUGCUUGGCACUUCUCUGCCCCCUCCAUGCUCUCUUCACCAAUGGUCAGGGUUUCUGUGAGUCAAAAUCCCAAACCUCUGGAGAGUGAAAAGCUCAGAACCACUGAACUGAUAUAGGCCCUAGACAGAUGGGCGGUAAGCGCCGUCCUCGGGCCAAGUUUAGGGUUCCGGAGCACGCAGCAUCUGCAUGCUCCAGAACCCUAACAAGUAUGGAUGGCACCAUCUUUACGUGGCACCAUGCAUACAUGGCGUACAUGCACAACGCAAACGCUGUGCCAUGUCCACACCUCCAGGCACCGCGCUUGCAUCGUGGACGCAUCACAGUGCGCCAAUGGUGCACUGAUGACAUUGUUUCCGCAUGCCAAAAAGUUUUUCCAGGUUCUUUUUGGUCUGGAGGGACACCGUGCAGUUUGGCUGCUGCUGCGUCCCUCCGGAGGGAAACUGGGCGCCUCCAGCCCGUCCCUUUGGAGCGGUCUGGAGAGCCCCAUAUUUAACUUAAUAGUUAUCUCGAAUUUCUGUAGUUAAAACGGGAAUGUCUCUGCAGGAAGCUGUGGAAAUACAUUGUUACAUUUUCUACUCCCACUUUUUCUGCGAUUCUGGAUUUGUUGGAUUACAAUUCCCAUAAUAGCCUACCCGGUUAUGCCAGCAAUGAUAGGAGUUGUGGAUUAACACCACUGGAUUACACAGGUUGGAGAAGGCUGCUCCAUUCGUAAAGAUCUGUUCCAGGUUUUUCUGCUCAGCAUUGAAUAUUGAAUUAUGCAUUCUGUAUGAUAGUACUACCAUCAGUCUUUACCUUUAUCUGCAUGAAGUUAUUUCUUCCAUAGGUUUCUCAGUCUGUAUAUUUUAAUUUAUUGACAUUAAUUUUCUCCAGUAAAUAUUGAAUAAUCUAACAUGGUAAAUUCAGGAUGCCUCUAACUGUAAUUAAAUGACAGAACAACAGUAAUGUUUAAGAUGUAAUUUAUUUACCCUUUCAUUAUAUCCUUCACAAUGUAAGUAAUACAUACAGUUUUAAUACAUGGGACCAGACCAGCACUAGAGGUGACUUAAAAAACUAUAUGAGCAUAAUAAGAAAUAUGAUAUUAAUUCUGGGAUUACACAAACACUAUAGAAUUAUAGUGUUCACAUUUGCUUCUGUAAAGUAGUGUUAAUCCAUUUCUGUUUCAUAAUUUGAAAUUUUAUGUGUGUGUGUGUGUGUAUAAUUUUAUAAAACAUUUUCUUGUAUUAAUAUUUCUUUGGAAACAAAAAUAUCCUGUAGCAAUUUCAUUAUAAUCUGGUUUUAAAAAGGAAGUUUGCAGUUCUGGAAAUAAAUCGCAUUUUGUAUGUUUAAGGAAGA